CGCCAAAAGUUACCGUUUAUGACCGUUGAACUAGCCGUUGCAUUUUUCAUUAUAAAUACUCAUCAAUUUCAAUCAUUUUCAUUCACAACUCAUCUCUUCUCCUACUCUCUCUACUUAAUUCUUUAAUUACGCAAUUAUUCUCUUAAUUAAAUAAUUAGUCUUUUAAUUAUUUCUUAAUUUAGUUAGUUACAUAAUUAAUUAUUUAUUUAUUUCUUAAUUCUAUAUUUCUAUUAUUACUUCAAUAUUAUCAAUCAUGUCUUCAUUUUUGAAAAAAGCCACAAAAAAAGUUACUAAAGUGGCAAAAUCAUUGGGAGGUUCCAGUUCGUCCAAAAGAAAGGCCACUUCUACUCCGUCGGUAUCAACAACACCUUCCAUUAGUAAUUAUAAUUAUGAACAUAAUUAUCCGGAAGGGUACGACCCGGAGUUACAUAAUUAUGCAGAAAAAAUGGAAAGAGAAAUACAAAUUGAUGAAGAAGAAGAACAAGAAGAGGAACCAACGACCCCAAUUGGGAUAAAUAUAUCUCGACAGUCAUCAACAAGAUCACAUGAAGAACAAGGAGAACAACAACAACAAAGACAAGCUCGUGGUAAACGAGUCAAUUUCCAAACUAUCGAUGAAGAUGAACCAGUAAGACAACCUUUUCCGGCAAUGCCACCUCCUAGUGGUAGAGUUGUUUCACAUGUGUGGUCGUAUUUCACAAAAGAACCAACCGAGAAUCCAGAUAUUUUCUUAUGCACUUGUCAAAUUUGUGAAAUUCAAGGAGUAAAGUCCUUAGUUUCAUACAGGAUUCGAAAAUAUUCGUCAACAAGAAGGAUUUGUGGAGGAAGUAGUGAAAAGAAGCAUAAAAAUGUUGAUAAUGAAGGUAAGUUGGCUCAGUCGAAAGAGGACUUACUGUGCAGCAUAAUUUGUCGGUUGAUAUACCAAAGAAUGGCAAACGAAGCAGUGAAGAUGAAAUAA